AUAUGUAUGUAUUUUCAUUAAAGAUUAUUUCAACGCAGUACAGCCAGGAUUUAGAGUAUUCAUGACAUUUGGCACCAAUGACAUUUGUUAAUCCAUUGCAACAUAUUUGUAUUAAUAAUACUAAUUGCUCACAAUGUUUAUGUAAAGAUAUUCGAGGAAUGAAAAGUCCUAUGAUGGCGAGAUAUGUAAAUAGUAGUUGCGAGACAAACAACAACACGACAGAUCACAAUUAUAAUCACUACGAUACUAGGGACAUAGUAGAACAAGAUUAUUUUAGAUCGAUAGAAGACAACACAGAAAAACACCGCGGUUUCAUUCGAAAGCUUGCUAAUGACCAUAUACAUUAUAAACUGUUUGGUAAGGGAAUUAUAAACAUAUGCGAUGACGACAUUAAAAUGAAUCCUUUUGAAAAAAAACUCACAACGACGGCCGUUACGUUGCGCCGCGUCAGUAGUGAGUUGGAAGAUAUGCAUAUUGAUUUUUUUAAAAAUGUAUGUCACGCAAUAAACGAAGAAAACGUCGGUGAAGUUUUCAACGAAGUUUCGCAUAAGGUUUUGGCUGAUGACAAUUUAAAUUGGGGACGAGUUGUAAGUUUAAUAACGUUUGGUGGAAAGCUAGCUCAAUGUUUUUGGGCUAGACAGCCUAAUAAUGAAUUGAUUGAAGAGAUCGAGGACUGGUUAACCGAAAGUUUAUCAGAUAAAAAAGACUGGAUUAUUGAAAAAGGAGGCUGGGACAACUUUAAUCGCACAUUUACAAAACCAGUACAAAGCACAUGGUGGAAAACUAGCUUAUGGGUUGGGUUGAGCGCAUCUUUAGUGGCAGCAUUAGCUAUGAAAUUUCUGAGACGGUUAAGAGAGAUUACGGAAGAAUUUAUUAAACACUUUGUGUCUUGGGUACGCGUUGUCCGUGGCCCAGACAGUACACGACUCCGGGCCAGAACUCUGGCGAAUUAUCGCACGUUAUUGCGACUAUAUUUGUCACGGGCCAUUACUGGCGCGAUUCUGGCAAGCGACUCGAGCAAUUUUUUAUGUACGGUAAAUCAUCGUGGUGUUAAAGCUAAUGAUGUAGAUAUUUCACUAAACACAAUUAGAAGAGCACGAGCAUCGUCUGAAGAGGUUGAACGUUGGCUAAAAAGAUAUUUUCAGCUUUUCAGUGAUCGAAAUGGCGGCCGUAAAGCUCGGGAAGAACUUAAAAUUUCCUUCCAAAAAUAA